UUCGUUUUCCCUUCUUUCUCUUACCGAGGGUACUUUUAUGCUUACAUCGCUGCAAGUGUAAAACGUGUGUUAAAGUUGCAUCUCGCGUGAUUAUAGCUCCGAAUCGCUCGCCGGAAUCUUCCGUUGUUAUCGCUAUCGAGAAUCGAAUCGCUCUCGAGGGCAACCAAAUGUAAACGACUCGGUUCUCUCCGAUGCGCUGUUAUAGCACCUGCACCCUACAUCCCCGCGGGAUCUGUCGUAAUCGACGAUACAAACAACAGUAAUCUGUCACUUACGUCCGUAAUGACGCCACCGGGGAAUGUCGCGCACCGUCGCGUACGCGCGUAACCGGGGUGUGGAUCGUCGUCGUCAGCAGGAAUUUUGGCCUGUCACCCGGAUUGAACUCGAUCGCGCAGCAUAGUUUGACAUUUCGGCGAAACUGAUGUGUUCCAUUCAUCUUCCGUAGGAUGCGUUUGUAGUUGGAUCCUUGAUAUUUAUUUUUCGGUGACCCUCGUAUCAUCGACGGCUCUUAUCAUGUUACGCGUUGACACGAACGAUGCUCCAAUUUUUUAAGAAGAUUGGACAAAGGGAUAAGUCCGGAUUGUUAGAAACUUCACCUGCAAAAUCAACAAGUUCGGGAAGCUUUCUGACAGAUGCAUUCAACGGUAGCCCGUGGUCCAUCCAAACACCCUCAGGUGUAUUGUGCAAUCUUGAGGAAGAAGAGGAGGAGGAAAUACUCAAUAAUGACACUAAAGAAGCAUACACCUUCAGGUCUCGGUUGUCUAAAGCUCUACCAGAAAUACUUAUGGACAAGAGUGCCCUUGGUUACUUCAUUCAAUUUAUGGAUAUCAGAAAACACUUAGCUCUCAUAAAAUUCUGGUUAGAGGUGGAAUGUUUGUGCAGCGCGUCUGGCAUAUCUGGUGAAGAUGCAGAAAAAGCUGGACGGUCAAAUCAAAAGGAGCUAUUAGAUGCUUUGCCUACUUCUUUAGACGAUAACGAAAACUUUAGUUGCAAUCUACUUGUUAACAAUGUAAAUACUCAAACGAGCAGCGAAAUACCAUUUGAUGAAAGCGCGGAUAAUAGUGACAACGCGACAUCCGUAUUAAAUGGUAUGCCAAAGACUAGUCAGGCAGUGAGUGAAACGCGACAAUCAAACCACGAUUGUGGAAGUAAGAGACAUGACAUGACGACAACGAGACAAGAUGCAUUGAGAAUUUACAAGAAGUAUAUUCUCAAAGGUGCUCUGGGUAUAAAUCAAAUAUCCGAAGAACUGAGGCUGGAAAUGGAGAAGGCUGUUGAAGAGAAGAACAUUGAGCCUAUAUUACGGUGCCUAUCUGCUGUGCAAAGCAUAGUAUACGAUAUAUUAGAGAAUGAGUAUAUUAACGAUUUUUUACGAAGUGAAUUUUACUGCAAACAUCAAAUUGAUGUACUCACCAGUGGUAAUGUACAGUUAGCAGAUAUAUUAUACAAUGAAACAGCGUUUUUUUACUUCAUGGAGUUUAUGGAACUCGAGAAUAAACGAGAGUUGUUGGACUUUUGGAUGUCAGCUAUAAGUUACAAGCAAAAUCUCUUGGCGAAGAAAGGUGCAGCCGAUCCCGAAGAGGCGCAGUCUGAUGCAGUUAUUAUUUAUGAGAAAUAUUUCAGUUUACAAGCAACGAUGCCCCUCGGAUUCAGUGAUAAAAUUCGUUUUCAUGUGGAGCAGAAUAUUUGCUGUGAGGACGAGAGAGGCCCACAGCCCGAUUGUUUUGAUAAACCCAACAAAAUUGUAUAUAAUUUUCUCAAUAAGCAUUAUCUGCCGGCGUUCUUAUCAUCACAGCUGUAUUAUAAAUACUUAUCAGAAUUAAUCAGUACGAUUCAGAGCAGCCCAUGUCCAAGUUUGCAUUCCAAGAUAAGGAGAACAGGUUCAGACUGUAGCAGUGAAGUAAGCUCUGUGUGUGUUAGUAUGCCAAGUACAUCUCAGAUAGGAAAUAAUGGCAACAGAUUACCGAAUAAUAAAAAAAAUAUCAACAGUCACUUGAACAUCGAUACUAGGCAACUUUACGAUCCAGAUUCUUUGUGGCGACGUAAUAAAUAUAGUUUAAGCAUUGGUUACAUUGACAAGUUAGGUAGAUUUAUUACUGAAAUAGAACCAGAUCCUCAUAGAAAAUAUGAAUCUCGCCUAACUCGUGCUGUAAAACGAUUUGUAAAUAUAGAACAAGAUAAGGCUAAAGAGGAAUUAGCAUGGAGGAUUGCCGAUAUGAUCGUCCGUGAGAUCACAUCUUUAACACUUGGAACUUCAAAUCUUCCCUCUUGAUGGUGCAAAAAUGACAUGAUUUUAAGGCUUAAGUUUUUUCUAAAUAUAAGAUGUUUGUAUUUUGUGUGUUUGUAUGUAAGUAACACGCCUCUCUUUUUUCUUUUUUUUUCUUUUGAAGUUAGUGUAAUAAUACUGCAAAAUUUUGCCGAAGUGCCAAACGGAUGAUGAAUAGAAAGACUAAUGAUAAAAGAUAGAAACGAAAGAAAUUAAUAAUUAUUGAGGAACCAAGUUGCCGUACGUUUUUAUUUCAAGUUUGUUACCAAAUAUGCUUUGUACAAUCAGUAAAAUAGAAUCUUAAAUUCUUUAUUCAAUGAUAUAACAGGAAUUUGUGAUCAAUAUAAAUAACUAUUAGAAGGAAAAUUGACAUAUAUACUACAAUUUGUUGUAUAAAACAAUUUAUAAAGAUCCUAUAAGCAAGAUAAUUAAUAUUUUUCCUAAUUAAGAUCUUAUUUUUUCAAUUUAUUACAAAAUACUCUCGAUGAGCAGAGAACAACAGUGACAAAUUCUUAUGUCUGUCAUUGUCGAUUGUGACAUCCGAAGCGAGAGAAAUCACAAUGCAAAUGCUUUCCUUGUUACUGCUAUACUAAUAAGAUUUUUGGAUAAGUUUUAUUUAUUCUUUACUUUACUUAUUAAUAAAGUAAAUUUAUAGUAUGUGUAAAAAUACAUAUAAAAUAAUUUAUUUUAUUAAUUUUCUAUUUAUUUUUAUUUAUUUUGUGAGUUGUUUUCAGUUUUUUGAAUUUGGACAAAUGUAUUGCUAAUAUCAUUUGCGUUAUUUUUCUCGCUUCUGACGAUGACUAAUGUAGAUAUUGACGAAUUCUUAAAACAUAAGGUUUUGUACUUUUUGUCAUUGUCGAUUUAUAUGAUGAUACAUUUGAUGUUAGAAUAGAAUAAUGAUAUAUAUGUAUAUACAAAUGAUGCAUGUGUGACCGCCGUUGAUCGUGAUACUAUGAUAUAGAAAAAGAUAUAUUUUAACAGUAUUUAGCAUAUACUACACAUAAUAUUUAAGUACAAAAAUGUUAUUAAUAAUGAAAUCCUUAUUAUAUACCCGA